UUGGGGGUGGUGUCAUUCUCCUUCAAGUUUCAAACUUUCUUCAGUUUUCGACUUCUCUCUCUCAAUCAAGACAUACACCCCCAGCCCCCACGCAGACGUAUAUAGGAAUAUAUUUAUAGAAGUAAACAUUUAUAUAGGUCCAACCCGACUGUCUCUGCAACAACUAAUGGCGGGUCUGCACUCUUCGUCAAGACCCACCUCCUCCUCUGCAUCUUCUUCUCAGGUGCUCACUUCAAGAGUCCUAUUGCUUCUCACGCUCCUUCUAUUGUCGCUCGCUUGCUUCGCAUUUAUCUUGCAAUGGCGGGGCGGGUUGACCGACCCGGUCUCCCGAUGGUCGCCAGAUACGGACGGGUUCCCCGGUAUGCGUUCCAUUGGCACCGGCACGGGCUCCGCGAUGCAGAAUUCUGGUUCCGGAUGUAUUGAUCUUCUGGGUCGGAGCCGCUCGCCGGCUUUCCCGUAUUUCAAGGAGUGGAAGUUCGGGUUCGGGUCGGAUCUGAAGCCUAAGAUAUGCAUCACAACAAGCACUUCGGCAGGUUUGGAGCAGACUUUACCUUGGAUUUUCUAUCACAAAGUUAUGGGAGUUUCAAAUUUUUUUCUUUUUGUGGAGGGAAAGGCUGCCUCUCCUAAUGUAUCUAAAAUCUUAGAAACCAUUCCGGGGGUGAAAGUAAUAUACAGAACUAGAGAAUUAGAGGAAAAACAAGCUAAAAGCCGGAUAUGGAAUGAGACCUGGCUGGCAAGCUUCUUCUACAAACCCUGUAACUAUGAAUUGUUUGUAAAGCAAUCCCUCAAUAUGGAGAUGGCAAUCAUCAUGGCACGGGAUGCUGGCAUGGAUUGGAUUAUCCAUCUUGAUACUGAUGAACUUUUACAUCCAGCGGGUGCUCGUGAGUACUCUUUGAGACAAUUGUUAUCAGAUGUGCCCGGGAAUGUUGAUAUGGUUAUCUUUCCGAAUUAUGAGAGUAGUGUUGAGCGGGAUGAUAUCAAGGAACCUUUCAGUGAGGUUUCGAUGUUCAAGAAGAACUAUGACCACCUUCCAAAAGAUGUAUACUUUGGAAAUUACAGAGAGGCAACGCGCGGUAAUCCAAACUACUUUCUGACAUAUGGAAAUGGAAAGUCUGCUGCUCGUAUACAGGAUCAUCUUCGUCCUAAUGGUGCACAUAGGUGGCACAACUAUAUGAAGACCCCAAAUGAGAUCAAAUUGGAUGAGGCAGCAGUGCUACAUUACACAUACCCAAAAUUCUCUGAUUUGACUUCAAGACGCGAUAGGUGUGGAUGCAAGCCAACAAAGGAAGAUGUAAAAAGAUGUUUUAUGUUGGAAUUUGACAGAUCUGCAUUCAUUAUUGCUUCAACUGCAACUGAGGAGGAAAUGCUUCGCUGGUACCGUGAAUACGUUGUGUGGACAGACAAAAAACUGAACCUAAAGCUUCUAAGAAAAGGCAUCUUGACUCACAUUUAUGCUCCCAUGGCCAUUGUUCAAGGACUGAGGGAGUCUGGAGUUUUCAGCUCUGUAAUUGAAUCAGCAAUGGCAACUCUUUCAAAGGAAAAGUUCUUAUCUUCAGUUGAAAGUAAUAAUUCUUCAAGAGCGGCUGGAUCCCGAGAGAGAUCUUCCAGGAAGAUAGGUGAUAUUGAAUUUUCACAUGCUACUGCACGCAGGGUCUUGCAGACUGAGGAUAGUUUUAAUGCUGAUGCUUCGGCAGUCCCACCACUUUCUCCUCCUAGUGCAGAUGACUUUCAGUUCAAUGUGCAACAACCAUACCACCUUUCACAGUGAUCCUUGCUCUUGCCAUUCAUUUUUUCCCUUUUACAAGGGAUUUGAAAGCAUACCAGAAAACUUGAGAAAGAGAGCAGGUUUGGCUGAUGUAAAGGUGCAUUUUUUCCGGUUUCAUGGAGGUUCUUCCCGAUCGUUACCCAAGCGCUUUUGUACAUUUUAGGUUAUAGGUUCCGGAGAGGGAGAGCGAGGUCUCGGACGGGAUUGUCGCCACUGUUGCAAUGAGAAUGAGUUCUCUCAUUCCAUUGUAAUAUUUGGUAUUGGUAUCAGGGAGCUUUUCUUCAGUUUUAGAUUCUUUAUAAAAAUUAGGAAUCAAGACCAAAAUUAGUAUAAGAAUUUGAUGACAAUUUGUUUGACUAUAUGUAUAAAUUGAAGAAAAAUUGCAUGAUUUAACAGUUUUUGGCCCUUCGAA